CUUUUCAGUAGAGAGAUCAAGCAAGGACAUGAGAUGGAGUUGAUGAAUUUGUUCUUCUAGGUGUGGUUUUGGGGACAUGAACAGAGAAGAAUCUGAGUUUAAUAAACUAUGUGGAAACAGAUUCUAAGUAAGCUUCCUAAGAAGUCUUCUUCGAAGAACCAUUCUUCUUCAUCUAGUUCCAAUGCAUCUACUUCUAAAAGUAGUGAUAAUGGCGCUGGGAAAUCGGGGAAUUCUCACACCAAGAACGCUCCUGCUGUAAAACCUGCUGCUGAUUCAGGGUUUAAAGAUGGGAAUUUGAAAGGAAAUGGGAACGGUUUUACGCCGUAUGAAGCGUUGCCGGGUUUUAAAGAUGUUCCUAAUGCAGAGAAGCAGAACUUGUUUGUGAAGAAGCUCAGUUUGUGCUGUGUAGUGUUCGAUUUCUCGGAUCCAACGAAGAACGUUAAGGAAAAGGAGAUUAAGCGGCAGACAUUGCUUGAGCUUGUGGAUUAUGUGGCUUCUCCCAAUGGAAAGUUCAGCGAAACGGUUAUUCAAGAAGUGGUUAGAAUGGUUUCUGUUAACAUAUUCAGAACCUUGAAUCCUCAACCGCGCGAGAAUAAAGUUAUUGAUGCCUUAGACUUGGAGGAAGAAGAGCCUUCCAUGGAUCCUACUUGGCCUCACUUGCAGCUUGUCUAUGAGAUUCUCCUGCGGCUUAUUGCUUCACCGGAGACAGACACCAAGCUGGCUAAGAAAUACAUUGACCAAUCUUUUGUCUCACGGAUACUUGAUUUAUUUGAUUCCGAGGAUCCUAGAGAAAGAGAUUGUCUUAAGACUGUUCUACAUCGCAUCUACGGUAAAUUUAUGGUUCAUCGUCCUUUCAUAAGAAAAUCCAUUAACAACAUUUUCUAUCGGUUUGUUUUUGAGACUGAGAAACACAACGGGAUUGCUGAGUUUCUAGAGAUUUUGGGAAGUAUCAUCAAUGGAUUUGCUCUGCCGCUUAAAGAUGAGCAUAAAGUGUUUCUGGUUAGAGCAUUGUUACCUCUUCACAAACCGAAAAGCUUGCAAAUGUAUCAUCAGCAAUUGUCUUAUUGUAUCACACAGUUUGUGGAAAAAGAUUGCAAACUUGCUGAUACGGUUAUAAGAGGACUACUCAAGUCUUGGCCCGUCACAAAUAGUUCCAAAGAAGUCAUGUUUCUAAACGAGCUAGAGGAAGUAUUAGAAGCAACUCAACCACCAGAAUUCCAGCGGUGUAUGGUCCCAUUGUUUCGCCAAGUUGCUCGGUGUUUGAACAGUCUCCAUUUUCAGGUUGCAGAAAGAGCUUUGUUCUUAUGGAACAACGAUCACAUCGAGAAUCUAAUAAUGCAGAACCGUAAAGUGAUUCUUCCAAUCAUUUUCCCUGCAUUGGAGAGAAACACUCAGAAGCAUUGGAACCAAGCUGUUCAUAGCUUAACGCUGAACGUGCAGAAGAUAUUUAAUGACAUUGAUGCAGAGUUGUUUAAGGAAUGUCUUGCUAAGUUUAGAGAAAAUGAAUCGAAAGAAGCUGAAAUUGACGCAAAACGUGAGGCGAUAUGGAAACGGUUGGAAGAAAUUGGUAAUCAAAAGCAGAAGAGUUCAUUGUAAGAUGUUUUUAGUUGUAGAGACAGAGGUUUUGUUCUGUAAUUUCUCGUUUUUUUACUACAUUGGAAAAUUGGGUUUGUCUUUUUUAUCUCUCCAGAAAAACUUAGUGAGAAAAAAGUUUCAGAUUCGUCUUCUUUGAAGAGAUUGCAAAGAUGUAAGAUCGUUUCUUUAUUUUUGUUGGUCUUCUUGAUUGUUAAAAGCAAUGUUUUAGAUAUGAGAUAUUAAAGUCUGGAAAUAAGG